AUUGAAGACAUGUUCUAAGCCUUAUAAAAACCUAAACAAAAACCUUAAAACUGAAACGAAGUCGAUUUCACAUUUUCAGUGAAGGGUCAUUAAACUCAUAGCGACAUAAUGUUGAAUGUUUUUAUAUUCGUUGUAAUUGCUAUGGCAAUAGCCAAUGGUCAGCACAUAUGUCCAGUGUGUACGAAUCCCAAUGAUUAUAAAUCUUGUACCGGAACCAGGGAAUGCCAUUACACGCACGAGAUAUGUAUGGUUAGAAUCGACACUCAGUUAAACAACAGAAUCGAAUACUUUUGCACAAAUUAUGACGUGUGCCAGAUCUACGCCUCUGUAGGCUGUGACCCAUCCCAUGGUCAGACUUGCUACUACUGCUGUACCGAUGUCGCUUCAUGCAGAGGUCAAAGAGAAGCUUUAUUUAUGGGUAUUCUAGCUGGUAGAUGAAAGCCAUGCACUUCACUGACCUUAUAUUGUCAUGGUGACAAUCACAAGUAGAUCUACAAGAACAAAGUUACCGCUAAAAAUAAAAUUGUAAAAUAUAAUGGAAUAAACAGAUCGUUUAUUU